AUGGGCCUGCGCGCGGAGAAAAUACAAAAGCUAACGUUUGUGGGCUAUUCUGCGGAACAUAAGGCCUACAGGUUCCUAGAUCGAUCAACGAAGAAAGUCAUUGUAAGUCGUGAUGCAAGAUUCAUAGAUGGAACACCCGUAGCCCGCGGCCCAGAAAACACUUCGAGCAACACGGUCGAGUUCGAGUUUCAUCAACUGAAUCCGCCAGAUCCACAGAUCGUUGAAGAGGAUGCCGAUGCAGAUGCGAUGGAAGAUGCCGUUGAAGAUUUGAUGGAAGAGUCAGACGACAGUUUCCAUGGAUUCAGCGAUGAGGAUCAUGGGAGAAGAAGUUGGACAGCCAACGAGAAGUUCCGAGCGUUCGACUAA